GAAGAAAAUAAUGUGCUUCAGUGUGAGAUGGAGCUGCGCAUGCGCCAAUGAAGUUUCCGCUCCUUGUCCGCCAACGUCGCCGGGGCUGAUGUUGGAGCGUAAUGGCGGCGCACCGGGGACCUUCUUCGAAAUGGCUCUUUUCCCGGGAGCAGCUCGAAGAUACACCAUCUCGUCGUACCGGGGUGGAAUCCGAUAGAGAACUUUCCUAUCGGCAGCAAGCCGCCAACCUAAUUCAAGAUAUGGGCCAGAGACUUAAUGUGUCUCAACUAAUUAUCAAUACAGCAAUUGUUUACAUGCACAGAUUUUAUAUGAUUCACUCAUUCGCCAAAUUUCACAGAAAUAUAAUAUCUCAAACAACUUUAUUCUUGGCCGCCAAGGUCGAGGAACAACCUAGGAAGCUUGAACAUGUGAUUAAAGUCGCACACGCCUGUGUCAACCCUCAAGAUCCCCCUCUAGAUACAAAGAGUAAUGCAUACCAUCAGCAAGCUCAAGAGCUGGUCUUACUAGAAACGAUAGUACUGCAAACGCUGGGUUUUGAAAUAACAAUUGAACAUCCUCACACUGAUGUUGUGAGAUGUUCCCAGCUAGUACGAGCAAGCAAGGAUUUGGCACAGACUUCCUAUUUCAUGGCUACCAACAGGUUGUUAUCCUGUUCCCACUUGUUGCACUUGUGAUGGCACACUAU